AUGCGUCGACGACGGAGUUCGGAGGCGCUCUUCGUGGCCUUUUUGCUUUUCGUCGUAACCAUCCAAGCGUCAGUGGGAACAACCACCCCUCCAGUAGAUGGAUCUCCUACACCACCAGACGCCACUUUGCCACAAGCCAUCCCUCCAGGAACAGCAACCACUGCAGGAACAACCACACCUCAAGUAGAUGGAUCUCCUACACCACCAUACACGACUCUGGCACAAGCCAUCCCUCCAGGAACAUCCACCGCUGCAGGAUCAACCACCCCUCCAGUAGAUGGAUCUCAUACACCACCAUACACGACUCUGGCACAAGCCAUCCCUCCAGGAACAUCCACUACUGCAGGAUCAACCACCCCUCCAGUAGAUGGAUCUUCUACACCACCAUACACGACUCUGGCACAAGCCAUCCCUCCAGGAACAUCCACCGCUGCAGGAUCAACCACCCCUCCAGUAGAUGGAUCUCCUACACCACCGGACACGACUCUGGCACAAGCCACCCCUCCAAUAACAUCCACCACUGCAGAAAUGGGCACCUCUCAAAAACCAACACCCACUCCAGAGCCUGCCACCACUCCAGUACAAACUACCACUUCAGAACCAACCACCACUGGAGGACCAACAACCACUUCAGGGCAAACCACCAAUCCAGAACCAACCACUAAUUCAGGACCAACCACCACCCCUGAACCAACCACCACUCCGGAACCAACAACCACUUCAGAACCAACUACCACUCCAGAACCAACCACCACUCCGGAACAAACCACCACCCCGGAACCAACUACCAGUCCAAAACCAACAACCACUCCAGAACAAACCACCACUCCAGAACCAACCACCACUCCAGAACCAACCACUACUUCUGGACCCAUCACCACUUCAGAACCAACAACCACCCCAGAACAAACCACCACCCCAGAACCAACCUCCACUCCAGAACAAACCACCACUCCAGAACAGUCAACCACCACACCAGAACAAACCACAACUCCAGAACCAACCACCACCCCUGAACCAACCACCACUUCAGAACCAACGACC